AGACAGAUGUUCUUGUAAGACUAAACAGAACGAUUUUAAUUGCACAUCCGGUCGAUAUAGUGACUGUCCUGAUCUGACUUGUGGCUUUUGAAUUCAUUAGCUGACCAAUCAGAGGGAGAGUGUUGUUCAUAAAAAUGGAAUCCCUUAACGUUGUCCUGGAGGAUAUCAUUACAGAAUGUGGUGGCUUUGGUAGGUUCCAGUAUAUUGUCAUCGCUGUGGCUUUUCUGGUGAAAGUGACGUGUGCAUGGAGUAUCCUGAUGAUGCAGUUUGCCGGAUCCACCCCGGAAUGGUGGUGCACGUGGACCACAAAUACUUCACUUGACUACUUCGGUAAUACGAGUGUAGAGACCGUGAGGGUGUGUAAACCACUAGCAAAUGAGUCUGCCACAGGACAAUGUUCAGAUUUUCGAUUUUCAUCAGAAAUUAAGACCAUCGUUAACGAGUGGGCGUUGAUCUGCGAUAAGGACUGGGUAACGUCCACCAUCACCACUAUACAAAUGGGUGGACUGUUAGUCGCCGGUCUUCUGUCCGGACAUUUGGCGGACACAUUCGGCAGGAAGUUAACCUUCUUCCUCUCUUUGGUUGUCAUGAUGGUAGGGAAUUUCAUAGCUGCCUUUUCCGUCUCGUGGCAGAUGUUUGCUGUCUUGAGAUUUGUGAUCGGGUUCGGUGCCGGACAGUUUUUGGCUACGUUAUAUAUUUACAUGAUAGAGUUUACUCCAAAGAAACAUCGGUCACUAAUUGCAGCUCUACCAACCUUCCCAAUAUUUGCAGCCCUGUUAGCCUUUGUCUCCUAUCUGAUAAAGGACUGGAGACAUUUACACUUUGUGACCGCUGCAUUGACCUUGCCGUCAUUAUUAGGAAUUUUCGUAAUCCCAGAGAGUUUUCGGUGGUUAGCUUCCCGCUUCAAAAUAAAAGAGGCGGGGAAAGUGAUAAACAAGAUAGCUUGGAUGAACGGAUGUCCGCCACCAGACGUCAGCAAAAUCCAGCAAGCCUUACAGAACAAAAACAAACUCAAAGACAGGAAAUAUUCCAUCAUUGAUAUAUUCCGAGAGAAAUAUUUACUUAAAAGGACAGUGGUGCUGUGGUUUUGUUGGAUAUCCUGUGGGUUUUCCUACUACGGACUGGCUUUUGGAGUUGGACAGCUAUCAGGGAGUCUCUAUAUCAACAUGUUCCUUCUGUCUGCAGUAGAAAUCCCCGGAACCUUUAGCACGUGGUGUCUCACCAACCAGUUUGGGAGACGAUGGACGUGUUUGGUUCUGCUGUUAUUGGCAUCUUUAGGCGGCUUAGCAACGGGAACUGUCCAAACUUUAGAUCCUGAAUCUGUUCCAAACCACGGUCUGAUUGUCACUGCCCUUGCUAUUACUGCCAAACUUGCCAUUUCCGCAGCCUGGACGUCCAUCAUGACCAUGACAACAGAAUUAUACCCCACCGUGAUCAGGUUUAUGGGAUGUUGUGCCGAAUAUUGUUUUCCGAAUCAUUUUCCACUAUGAUCUAACUUGGGAAUCUGAAAUUUGAUAUGUGGUUACCUAAUGAGAAUAUGUGAUUUACUAAUAUACGGUUACCAAUCAACUUUUAAGUUUCGUCACAUUAGACUGGUGUUUUUUCUUUUACAAAUUCAUGCGACCUUAUGCCAAAUGUAGUUUCCAGACUUUAUUCUACAAUGCCUAAGUUAAGGAAUCUGAUUUUGUGUGGUUAUUGAAUGACUAGAUGUACUUUUAUGUGGUUAUUGAAUGACUAGAUGUACUUUUAUGUGGUUAUUGAAUGACUAGAUGUACUUUUAUGUGGUUAUUGAAUGACUAGAUGUACUUUUAUGUGGUUAUUGAAUGACUAGAUGUACUUUAAGUUUCACUCUGGUUACAGUUGAAUUAUUCUUUUAAAAUUGUUACACUUAUCCUAAUGGUUGACAGAAUUAAGUUCUAUACUAUCUCUUGUAUUUCAUAUAAUUUGAUAUUCAUAAUCUAAUGUAUAUCAAUUUGUUAUCGAGUCCGUCAGAUUCGCUACAUCUAUGUAUGAGGUCUAGAAAUUAUAGCUAUUUCCUGGUAUUACAAAUAUGAUAUUCACUCUCUUUUCCAAUCUACCAAUAUACAUGUUCUGCACAUAAUAACUUCCCUUAAUAACUUGAGGCGCCAGUAGGGGACGUGUAUUUCUUUCAUAAUACUCUCCGAAUACUUGUUUAGUAUUACUACAUUGCGUAGAUACAUUUCUGUAAUUAAUUCAGUAUCACUACUUUGCAAUAGUGUAAAUGCGUUUGGAGUAGUUUGUAUUCAGUCUCACUACUAGUACCCUGUAUAGAUCCCACCUCUGGUAUAUCCAGGGGUCCGAAUUUGCCCAACUCUCUAUUUUGUAUUACUUAUAGUAGUUAUCAGAUUGACCACUGUUCGUUAUCUUAACCUUUCAUGCAUUUGGGGUAGUUUUUAUCACUGCUUUACUUAGUAUCAUUGCCUUUCAUUGAUGUCUUUUUGUAGUGUCUUGUCCAUAUCAGAUUACUAUUUCGAUUUGAGAUUGCUAUUGGGUAGCUCGUUCAGUAUUACUAAUCUGUAAUGAUGGGGAUUGUGGUAGGUUAUUAAUUCCACUAUAAUUAAACCAUAUUUCAAGUGGAUAUUUAUGUAUUCAAGCAUUUAGAAGAAGCAUUCUAUUUCUUUGAUAUUUGGGCGAUGUUUUAUCAAAACAUAUCAUUAAUUAAAAUCUAGAGCACUA